AUGGCAGGAGAGAACCAGACUUGGGUGACAGAGUUCAUGCUCCUGGGCUUUUCCACUGGCCAGCCCUUCCUCUUCGUCCUUUUUCUGGUUAUUUACCUGGUCACGCUUCUGGGGAAUUUUGCAAUACUUGUCCUUGUGUCCCUGGAUCCCCAUCUCCACAACCCUAUGUACUUCUUCCUCAGACAUCUGUCCUUCUUGGACAUCUGCUACUCAUCAGUGACAGUACCCAAGAUCUUGGCAAAUGUGCUGCGCUCACAGGCAACCAUCUCCUACUGCGGUUGUCUGGCACAAAUGUUCUUCCUGAUGGCAUGCGCAGGGGCCGAGUGUGCACUCCUUGCUGUCAUGGCCUAUGAUCGCUAUGCAGCGAUAUGCCAGCCCCUGCACUAUGUCCACACCAUGAGCCGGGGUGUCUGCACAGUGGCAGCUGCAGGCUGCUGGCUCUGGGGUAUGCUGGAUUCAGCUGUGCACACACUCCUGGCUUCUAAGCUGUCCUUCUGUGGGGCUGUCCAUCUCCAGCACAUUUUCUGUGAUGCUCCCCCGCUGCUGAGGGCAGCAUGCAGCAACACCCACGCUGUCGAAGUGGCACUCCAUGCUGCUAGCGUCUUUGUGGGCCUCAGCCCCUUCCUGUUUGUCAUCAUCUCCUACCUCUGCAUCCUGGCUGCUGUCCUUGGGAUGCCUGUGGCUGCUGGCCAGCACAAAGCCUUCUCCACUUGCUCUGCCCACCUGCUUGUGGUCACCCUGUACUUCAUGACAGCCAACCUGAACUACAACCGACCCAGCACUGGCUACUCGCCAGUGGCUGACACAGUGGUCUCUGUGCUGUACUGCAUCGUCACCCCCAUGCUGAAUCCUCUCAUCUACAGCCUCCGCAACCAGGAGGUGCAGAGGGCCCUGCAGAAAGCCCUGAGGGGAUGGGGUGUGUGGGGCUCCCCAGGCAGCAAUGCUGGUGUGGUGUUGGUCCCUCAUCAGCUGGCUGUAGGAAAUCUGUGA